GAAUUUAUUUAACGAAAAAAAACGAAACGCAUAAAACGCAAAACUACCUACCCCACCAACCCACCCACCCGGCCUACCAUUACAUAGUGUAGGUACCUACCUACCUAUCGAAACGAACCCCGCGCUCCAGAAUCAACAACCAGAAAUCCGGUCCCCUUGUUUAAACCAAACAAUAAAACAGAAUCUCUUAGCCUACGGCCACGACGAAACAUCUUGCGUCUCUCCUUUUUUCAACCUAUCCCCCCCCUACUCCUCCUCCUCCUCCUCCCCAGUCGCCACCUAUAUACAAAAUCCCUAGUUCAGGAAUGGCAGACGUAGAACAGGCAGAAGGCCCCAGCGAGCCCCAGGGCCGCCACGUGAUAUACUGCGGCGUCUGCACCUUACCGCCAGAGUACUGCGAAUAUGGCGGCACCGUCAAGAAAUGCCAGGACUGGCUGCAGAAAGCCCACCCGAGCUUAUACGAGCGUAUAUGGUCUCCAGAAGCCCUAGAAGCCGCCACGGCAUCGCUCUCCGUCGAGGCACAGAAGCGCGCCGCCAAGGACGCGCAGAAGAAAGCCGCGCAGGCCGAGAAGGCGGAGCAGAAGCAAGCGGAUAAGAUCGCCAACAGCGUGAUAACGAUCAAGCGGGUCGAGCGCAACAAGCGCAAAUUCGUAACCGCCGUGUCCGGGCUCGAGGCCUUUGGUCUCGACCUGAAGAAGGUCGCCAAGGAAUUCGGCAAGAAAUUCGCCACGGGCUCCUCCGUAACCAAGGUGCCUAGCGGUGGCGAGGAGAUUGUCGUGCAGGGCGACGUAUCGGACGAGAUCGAGGAGUUCUUGCUAGAAAAAUACAAGGACACCAUCCCCGAAGACAACAUCGAGCUCGUCGACGACAAGAAAAAGAAGGGCUCAACUGCCGCUACCGCCGGCUAGAAGCAUAUGGCCGUCUUGUCCAAGCUUACGAAGUAGGGGCGCAAGAUGAAGAAGAAGAAGAAGAAGAAAUCAAAGGGGACGAGAUAUUGGGAGGAAGAUGGGGAAAUCUUUUAGAUAAAAACGCCAGCAAGG